CGCGCUUUCCGCGAACGGCGAAGAACUGUCAGAGGAGGCGAUCCAAGAAGCAGAGCGCAAGCAAAAGGACGCGACGGAGGUACACACGAUGGUGUUCGACCGAUACGGUUUCAAAGAGAAAGAUCACAUAGACAAGGUGCUAAAAGCGUGCAUGCGGUAUAA